UUCUUUUCUUUUUCUUUUUCUUUUGUACAAAAGAUGGUUUACAACGAUUGGUCAGAUGACGAUACAACAACAAAGGGACGGGACAAGUUUCGUCAUGAAAGAAGUCAUGACGAUUAUGAUAGAAGAAAACGUAGUCGUCGAAGUCCCACUCCUCCUGAAGGUAGAACUUGACUUUUUUUCUUUACGUUUUCGUAUUUUUUAUCUCUUAUUUCUUUAUUCUAUUAUCUUUCUUUUUUUUCUAUUAUUACUUUUAUUUUUGCUCAACUUUGACCAUAUGAAAAGAACGUCGACAUAAGAGAAGACCAUCACCAAGAAGAAGAGAUGAAAUGGAACAAGAUCACUUUGGCAAUUUCCCCAUGAUGGGUAAACUAAACUACAAGUAAAAAUAUAUUAAAAAUAACGCUUUAUAGAAAUGAUGAACCCACAACUAGCUUGGGCAAGAUUUCCAAUGGAUCCAAAUCAACUUGACUAUCUUGUGCCUUACAAACAAUUCUAUGAAUACACUAAAAGAACAUCCAAUCGACGCAUUGAUGACGAGGAUGUUCAAAAGCGAUAUAGUCACUAUAAAGAAAAAUUCGCUGCUCGCCAGUUAUCACAGUUCUUUUCGGCUAAUAAAGACAAACAGUGGUUUCUCGAAAAAUAUCAUCCGACUCACUCCCGUGCUCGUUAUGAAGAAAUGAUACAACGUAGAAAGAAAUACAUGCAGGAGUUCUUGGCUUCUCUUGAACAAGGUGAAUUUGAUGAUGUUUGCUUUGACAAAAAGCCAGAAUCAAGCACGGCAGGAGAACAACCAACAGAUGAAGAAGAGGAAUACGAGUCUCGAUUAGUGAUCAAGACAGUUCCACCUACGAUUGCCAGAGAAAAGAUUCUGGAGAUGUGCAGCAAAGUGGAAGGAUUUGAUUAUCUGGCCCUUUCUGAGCCUCAACCUAGCCGGAAGUUUCAUCGUAUCGGCUGGAUUUGCUUUCAACAAGGCACAGACAUUAAGAAGGCGUUUGAUCAACUGGAUAAUCAAAAAGUAGACGAUUUUGUCAUCCAUUUAGCCCUCAACCGUAAGAGUGCAGCCCAGAAUCGUACACCCCGUACAGCACCCGAGAUUACACAAAGUGCAGAUCGUCUGAAAAAAGAUCUGGACCAAAUAAAGGAGUUGGCAACUGCACUGGAAGCCAUGCUUUCAGAGGAAGAAAACGGAAUGAAGCUAGUCGAACAGCGUGCGGACAAGGUCAUUGCUGAACACAGUGAUGCGGAUGAGAUUUACAAGUUGAAAAAGAAGCUGGAUAUGCUCAUUACCUAUCUACGCCACGUUCAUAUGUACUGCUAUUAUUGUGGGGUCGAAUGUGACUCAUUGGAAGAGUUAAAUCGAAAGUGCUGUGAACCCCAUUGUCGUGCUUCUCCUGAAGCCAGCAGUCCGAGUGACUCGAAAUCAAAGAAUGAAAAAGGAGGUGAGAAUGACUUUGAAUGCUCGAACCUGUCUCUCAUAGGCUCCUUGUUUUUAUAGUUAUCCAAUGGGCAAAGAACUUGGAUCAAAAGAUAUCCUUAAAGAUACACACCCCUGAUGAGCGUGAGCUUAAAAAAUUAGGUGGCAGAGUUUUACAG